UUCGUUGCGUAUCGACUGCAGGGCAAUUUUGUUAUUAUUAAAUAGCAUUGUUAUUUUACUAUAAUAAUAGUAAACAUGAAAUUAUCUUGUGUGUUUUUGUUUGUUUUCGCUUGUCUGGUCGCUUUGAGCGCCGUCAGCGCCGCGCCAAAACCAAGAUGGAAGGUCUUCAAGAAAAUUGAAAAGGUGGGUCGCAACAUUCGAGAUGGUAUAGUCAAAGCCGGUCCCGCUAUCGAGGUACUGGGGGCAGCCAAGGCGCUAGGAUAAACAUUAUUUUGUAAUAAUAAUAGUAUUAUUAUUUGUAAAUAUACCUCAUAAUACUCAUUCCGCCACAGUAAUAAUAAUAAAUGCAUUUAUUUAGUUUAUA